AUGUCAAACUUAAUCGAUAAUAAUACUACUAAUCGAAUAUUAUCUUCGUCACUUACGACAAGUAAUACUACCUAUUCAGAACCAUCAUCAUUUAAUAAUCGUACGACUAAUGUAACCAAUGAUUGUGAUGGAUCAGGAUCAACAUCGGCAUCCACAACAACUACGCUUGGUUUAACAUCUAUGGGUUUAGCAGCAGCAAGUCUUGCUGCUGUAGCAACGAAUAAUACAAUAAAUUCAGAUAAUACAGAAUCGGAUUUAAAACGAAAUAUGUCAGCAUCAUUCAAAUUACCUUCAAAUACAUCUGAUGACCAUUACGCUAGCUUUUGUACUCUAAAUCGAACACUAUGUCAAGCUCCUACAUCAUCAUCGUCGUCGUCUUCGUCAGCAGCAACAAAUGGAACAUCACCAUUCAGUAUCAUUAGUCAAUCCUCAAAUAAUAAUUUACAAUUUAUGUCUCAUCCAACAGGUCAUUCUGAUAGUGGAGCAUUCAAAAAAAUCAAACACGAAUCACUUUUAUUGAAUACUCAUCCAUAUCAUGUUCAAUCUUAUAAUCCACAUUAUUCACAUAUUCCUCCGUCUUCACUAAAUCUUCAAUCAGCAGCACAUAAUCAUGCAAAUAAUGUGUCUCCAACACAUUCAACGAACUCAAGUCAAUCCUCACAUCAUUCAUUAUCAAAUCCCGGAGGUCAAUGCCCAACACCGGCACGACGCCGACAUCGAACAACAUUCACACAAGAACAAUUAGCCGAACUCGAAUCAGCCUUUGGAAAAAGUCAUUAUCCUGAUAUUUACUGUCGUGAAGAAUUAGCACGAAUUACAAAAUUAAAUGAAGCACGAAUUCAGGUUUGGUUUCAAAAUCGAAGAGCUAAAUAUCGAAAACACGAAAAACAACUACAAAAAGCUUUAUCACCAGUUAUUUCACCUUGUAAUGCAAUGAUGCGAAAUUUUUAUCAAGCAUCAACGGGAAGACCUUAUCAAUAUGCUACGACAGGCGUAUCAACAGCAAAUACAAAUAAUGUUGUAUCGAAUCAAAUGCGUUAUCCACCAACAGUCGUUGGAUACUCACAAUUUUCACCAUUAACAAGUGCUGGCAUUCGACAGGAUAAUCCAUUACCUUUUCAAGAUACUGACUGGUACAAUAAGAGUCUCUCAUCAUUUCGUGUCGAUCACACAUCAAUGCUUCAUUAUCCAGCUUGA